UAUAUUGAAACUUCAACUUUAACAAUUCAAGCCGGGAGUCCAGCAGUCCAGUCGAGCCAUUAAAUACCUAGGACUACCUGCGUACCUACCUAAUUAACCUUACACAAUAAACCCAGAGAGACAGUUCCAAUUAUAUCAUUUUGAUUUCUACCAUGGUCACAAUGCGCGACGAUCACACCCACCCCCUCCUCGCCCAAGUCCCCCUAACCGUCUCCCCCUUCCUCUCCCUCCCCAGCGCCGCCACCCUCCCCUACACCUACAAGCCCAUGCCCUCGACCCUCCCGCCCCCCAUCACCGGCGUGACCGGCGCCAACAGCCACCACAACUCCAACUCCAACUCCAACCCCCCCAAAGCCGACAAGGUCCCCUACGUCGUGGCCCCGCAGUCCGGGCACGCCGCCCACCCCACCGACAUCGCCGCCUCCUGCCUCGCCCUCCAGGCCCACCUGUCGAGGACGCAGACGGAGUCCGCGCGCGCCCUCGGCGAGCUGGAGGCCCGCAUCCGCGCGCGCGAGCUGGCCGAGAAGCGGCGCGUCGCGCCGGGGUGGCUGGACAGCGAGGCGCGGCUGCUGCAGCCUGAGCGGCGGCCUGGGUUCGCGGAGGCGGAUGGUGGGGAUGGGGACGGGGACGGGGAUGGGGGGGAUGGCGGCGACGUGGCGGCGACGAACCAGCUGAUGGCCGAGAUGAGUCUUGCGGGACGGCGGGAGAGCGGCGCGAUUAGCGAGAUGGCGGCUGUGGUGGUGGACCAGGGCGAGGAGCUGGAUCGCGCGUUUGGUGGGAUGAAGUGAUGUUUUCUUCUUCCUCCUUACGUGCUUUUCUGGAAUUGAACUGAAUUGAAUUGAAUCGGGAGCGUUUGUGGUGGGGAUUACCUGAGGUUGCUUCUUUUAUAUACCUAUAUAUCUACUUGCAUGCAAUGGGACUUAGCAUAGGGGUUUGAGGCGGUUUUUUUUUUUUGGGAAAAGCGGGAAAGGAGUCUGCCUUGGUGGGAGUGGAGAUCAAAUACAUAUGCCAUUUCAUCCUACUCUACCUAUGUAG